CGUAGUCAGAACCGUGCAAGUGGCCGAGGCGGACAUUGUUGUUGUAACAGUCGGCCCCGGGUGAUGAGCGGACGUCGACCGAGCCUGGAAACGGGAGCGGACAGAAUCGGACCUCGGUGCUGCGACUGUCUUUGAAAGAGGACGAGCUGCUCACGGAGUCCUCCGGUUCCACUCGGGUGGCCGAGUUCAUUGAGCCGAGGCGAAGCGCAGCGCGGUCCGGAUUGGACGAUGAUAGCGCCCUAAAGACCUCCACAUCUGCGGGGUGUCCGCCGAAGACAACAUCAGCCGGGCCUCCGAGGAAGCACCACAAAAUACCACGAGCGGAGGUAAAACCAGCACCGUAAUUUCUCCGCAGGCCUCCGCGGAGCAUGACAUAUUUACAUGAAUAACGGGUGGUGAACCGUUGUGGAGCGACACCAUCCCGUUAUAUCUCACUGAAACGGCAGGGAUUUUCUGCACAAAACUGCUGCGGUGAAUCCAGCGGUGUGGUGGACACAAGAGGAUGUGGUGACGCUGCCUUGACCCUCCGAACAUCCAGACACCCAUCUCAGUGCUUUCGUUAGAUUCUCAGGUAGUGGAACACGAUGGGCAGCGAGGGAGAGGUUGUGAGCAGAGAACUGUCCAAGAUGUCCGAUGAGGACCUGCUGGCCUGCUCCAAAGAGGAGCUGCUGAGACGGCUGAGGAAGGAAGAGACGGACAAGAUCUCAGCUCUCAUCCAGAGAGGCCGGCUGAUCAAGGAGGUCAACAAACAGCUGCAGGGACACCUCCUGGAAAUCAGGGAACUGAAGACCAUCAACCAGCGCCUGCAGGAGGAAAACGUGGAGCUGCGAGACUUGUGCUGCUUCUUGGACGACGACCGGCUCAAAGUCAAGAAACUGGCCAGGGAAUGGCAGCUGUUCGGACACCACGCGGCCAAAGUGAUGAGGGAGGAUCUGGGCGGAUACUUGAAGAAGCUGGCCGACCUGGAGCGCAUGCAGGACGGGCUGGUGAAGGAGAACCUGGACCUGAAGGAGCUGUGCCUGGUCUUGGAGGAAGAGUGCGUAAGUCGCAGUGACUCCAGUCCUGGAGGCUCUUCUGAGCUCAACCUGCCUUGCAUGGUGGCCCGGGACCUGGGGGACGGGAGCUCAAGCACAGGCAGCGUGGGGAGUCCGGACCAGCUGCACCUUGUGUGUUCCCCUGAAGACUGAUAGGGCUUUUUUUUGGAUACAUUUUACACAAAAUAAAUUCCAGCCUUUUGAAUGCUGCAGGAUUUGUGUGCCACUUGUUUUACCACUACAAACCUUUUUUCCAGGACUUUGCCACAAGAGGAUGUGUGCUUUUACAGUGUUUUUCUAAAGACUCUAGUCAGGGGCUAUGGUUUUCCUUUUUCAGCUGUGAUCUGUUAAAAAAAAAAGAAAUGGCCCGAAAGUGGGUCGUAUAAAUUUAUCUCAUGCACUGGACUAGACAACACUGGUAGAGAAAAAGCCUUUGUUCAAUUGCACUGGACAGCGUUUAUCGUGGUUCUUUAAAUCCUAGAUCUAAAGAUCCAUUUCAAUCCAGUUUGAGCCAUAUUUAGUCCAAGUACAACAGCACUGAAAUAGAAGGUAAAAAAAAUCCUAUUUGAUAUUAGAUUUUGCUAAAUGCUGACUGAUGUGUAAUGUUUUAUGCACUCUUCCUCAGGGCAGGAUUGGAGUGCCAUAUGUGCAUGAUGGUUGUCACAAUUUGUACAGACACUUGACUGAUGUUAAGCUCACCAUGUUUACUGAGUGGCUGCUGUGCAUCAGGAGUGAGAAGCCAAGACCGAUCACGCGUGAUGAUCUCACCUUUUUUUCCUAAAAACUGGAAACACUUUGUAUCAAACUUGAAGAUGCGGGAAGAUUACUCGGCAAAGACGGUUUCGGUGAUUCACAUGACCUUUUUACACCGCUGAAGAUGAAGCAUAUCGCAGCGUUUCCGUUGACAGUGGCUACAGUUACAUGUACUGCAGUUAAACUGUUUAUUCACUACAAUAUUUGUACAUAGAAAUCCACAAAUCCUGACAACCAAAAACAACAUAUAUAGAAUUGAACUGGUUCAUGUACAUGGGCUUGUUUUUGUGGCCUGGUGAGUAAUCCUCAUUUGAAGAAUCCACCGAGCUGAUCAGGUAGUUCUUAUUACUUUCUCAGCCUCCUGCUCGCAAAUGGUUUUUCCUCGACUCAAUCUGACUCACUUCCUGUCUUUUAGGCUCAAAUCCGCACCACUCUUUUUUUCUGAAUGAACACGAGGUCUUUGUCAUGUAUCAUGUCGCUGAUCUCAGAGCAGCAUGAGGAUCUCAGUCAUCCAAGCCAGUCAAAGCAAUUUUAAGCAUCAGAACUUGCAUCCUUGAGAUGCUCGCAAAACAUUUUCUGAGACUCACAGAAUCUCAGCGGAGGGAAGUAUUUUUGGUGAGGGAAACGUCCUCCUUUAAAGAGUUAAAUAUAUGAGUCUUACAAAAGGUUUAUCAUCCAGAAACUUCAUUCUUCAUGUAAAUGUAGCCACACGUCAUCUCACUUAUGCUUUGUAUUUAACCUGAUUUCAAGUUUGACUCUUCUGUAUCUUGAUUUGUCUGUAUAUUAACCAAUUUUACUGAUGAUUUUAGUUGAAUUCAUGCACAAGGAUUAGAAACGACCGCUCGGGUCUCUAGCUGUUUGUUGGUGGGCUACGCUCGUAUUGUGCAUUGGAGAGCUUUAAUACAGUGGAUA